UCCCCUUCCCCAGUUCAGACCCUCCGAUUCCUCCUGGGGGGCCGGGAGCCUCCGCGUCCUUCUCGCCUCUCUUUGCGGGCGCUUGUGGGGCGGCAUCCAUGGCUUUGGCUCGGCUCGCCCUGGUGCUGCUGGUGGGGGCGCUGGGCCGGAUCCCCGGAAGCGAAGUGGGGAAGGAGACCCCCGCCGAUUUCCUGCUCCAGCAGAAGUCCGAGUGCCACUUCCUCAACGGGACGCAGUGGGUGCAAUACCUGGAUCGGUACUUCUACGACCGGCAGGAGUUCGUCUGCUUUGACAGCGACCUCGGGAAACACGUGGCCAUCACGGCGUUGGGGGAAGUUUAUGCAGAGACAAUGAACAGCGACAAGCAGAUCAUGCAGUACCAGAAGGCCAGAGUGGAUCGUUUCUGCCGACACAACUACGAAGCAUUGAACUACGAGGCAGCCAAGAGGGAGGAGCGAACGAUCGGUCGGAGAGCCAAGCCCACUGUCACCAUCUCCCCCACAAAGAUGGAUCCCGCUUCUCCCAACACCAUCCUCCUCUGCACCGCCAGGGGCUUUUACCCCCUGGAGAUCGAGAUCCAGUGGCUGAAGAACGGGGAGCUGGAGGAGGAGGGCGUGGCCUUCGGGGAGGAGCUCCAGAAUGGAGACUGGACCUACCAGCUCCAGGUGAUGCUGGAGACCCAGCCCCAGUGGGGGGACAUCUACACUUGCCAGGUGGGGCAUGUAAGCCUGGAGGCCCCCAUCACCGUCCAGUGGGAGCCCCGUUCCUCCAGCUCAGCCAGGAGCAAACUCUGGACAGGGAUCAUGGGGGCCGUGAUUGGAGCGACCUUCCUGGCUGUGGGGCUCUUCUCCUACCUGAAGAGUAAGAAAGCCACUGCCAUCCAACCUCCUGCAGCCCUCAUGGAUUAAUCCUGCUCUCUGAUGCCAAGGAUAUUUUUUUCUUUAGUAGCUGAUGAUUCUUUGUCCUGUUUGCCACCUCUGAGAAAUGGAGGCUGAAGGUGGCAGUUUGAGGGGAGGAGGAGGAUGGUAGCUUCCUUUGGGGACCUCCCUUUCUUCUGAGGGAGGGGUGGAGACCAUCUAAACUGUCCCCUGGGAUGCUGGGCCGACCUGUCCCUCUAGCCCCUUCAUCUCUCCUGGCUUUGAACCCACAGCAGCUUCAUCCACAUUAUUCUUGUUAUGAAUCACUUCACUUCCCUUCGCUUUG